ACAAAUAACGACAAUUGCAGUUCAAAGCACUGGCAGACAACUUAUGAGACCAGAACUUUUGCCUCUUACCUCAAUAAUGCCGGCUAUCGGACGGCAUUUUUUGGCAAAUAUCUCAAUGAAUACAACGGGACAUACAUUCCGGACGGUUGGAAGGAAUGGUCGGCUUUAGUACGGAAUUCCCGGUUUUAUAACUACACUCUCAAUGUUAAUGGAAAUAAAGUCAAACAUGGCUUUGACUAUCACCUGGACUACUAUCCCGACCUCAUAACCAACGAUAGUCUACAGUUCCUGCGAUACUCCAAACGUUUCUUUGCGAACAAACCGUUACUAAUGGUGUUGUCAUAUCCCGGCCCUCACGGCCCCGAAGACGCCGCCCCGCAGUUCCACAAUAUGUUUCUUAACGUCACGACUCAUCGUACCAAGAGUUGGAACUUUGCUCCCAAUCCCGACAAACAAUGGAUUCUUAGGAGUACCGGCAAAAUGGAACCGAUUCACGAAGAAUUCACUGAUAUGUUACACACAAAGAGAUUACAAACAUUGCAAUCAGUGGAUGAAUCUGUAGAAAAGUUAUACAAUGAACUGAAAGAAUUGGGAGAACUUGACAACACAUACAUAUUUUAUACAUCAGACCACGGCUACCAUUUAGGACAGUUUGGAUUAGUCAAAGGGAAAGCCAUGCCUUUUGAAUUUGAUGUGAGGGUUCCCUUCUUUGUGAGGGGACCCAAACUAACUGGCGGCCAAAAAAUUGACAAUAUUGUCCUAAACAUAGACCUGGCUCCAACAUUUCUAGACAUAGCCGGCGUUAAAGUUCCCGAUCAUAUGGACGGAAGUUCUGUAUUACCACUACUUAAGAGGACAAUUGAGUCAAACAAAUCUGAUGUUGAGGUCAAAAAGCCAACCACUGAGUGGAGGCAUACUUUUCUAAUUGAAAGAGGGUAUUCACUGAAUGCGUUUGCGAUUGAAUUAAAAUAUACGAAAGAAGCGGACAGUCCUCUGCGGACACUAACCAAAAAGGAAUGGCUGACUAUUGAGUGUGAAAAACCCGAAUAUCAGUCUCCGUGUAGUCCUUACCAAAAGUUUGAGUGCUAUUUCGAUGGCUUUGAGACACGGAUCAGAAAAUGCAGAAAAUCGUAUUCGAGUCAAACGUUUGACAGAAAACUACAUCAAAAAUGUGUCUGUCCUUCAGACCAAUCAACUGACACUUUUGAUCACAAAUACUCGGACUCUUUGGGUUUGAAUUCAGAAGAUUUUCUCAUUAAACCAAAGAAACGAAAACUGGAUUCAAAUGAGAAGAAACUUCAGCGAAGGUUCCUUAAGGAACACGUCUUCAACAAAGACUUUCGACCAGUUUUUAUUGGUUCCCGAAGUAAACGUCAAUUAGAUUUACUAAUGAAUGAGGCGUUUGAUGUCGAAGGGGUCCUAGAGUUGAGCAAACUAUUGGACGCCAGCACCGGUACCAACAAAAUAUUCAACGUCUCUCUCAUUGACGACAUAUCGGGCGCCAACUACGGCAACUCCUCGUGUGUCAUGUCUGCCAAUCAGUCGAUUUCCUGUUCAGACGAUGUCUAUCAAAACAAACAGUUAUGGCGUCAGAAGAAGAAUAGAUUGGAUUCAAUGAUCAAAAAGCUUCAAAACAAACUCUUGGAGUUGAAGGGCAUUCGCCGGCACUUGAAUCUGAAGCGACCAUUACUUGAGGGACUGGACGGUGACGGAUAUAAAUGCAAUUGUGAGGCCAUGAAUGGCAACCAGGAUUCCGCGCAUAGAAGGGAUCGGUAUCUGAAACGCCGUGUAGGUGAUAGUGUAGGUGAGUAUGUGGUGGUGGACUGA